AUGUUCAUUAAUCGUUGACUAUUUUCUACUAAUCAUAAAGACAUCGGAACCCUAUAUCUACUAUUUGGCGCUUGAGCAGGAAUAGUAGGUACUGCACUCAGCCUUCUAAUUCGGGCUGAACUAGGACAACCUGGUGCACUAUUAGGUGAUGAUCAAAUCUACAAUGUUAUUGUCACAGCCCAUGCCUUCGUAAUAAUUUUCUUUAUAGUUAUACCCAUCAUAAUUGGUGGGUUCGGAAACUGGCUAGUCCCAUUAAUAAUCGGCGCCCCUGAUAUAGCCUUUCCACGAAUAAAUAACAUGAGCUUCUGGCUUCUGCCACCUUCAUUCUUACUUUUAUUAGCCUCCUCUAUAGUAGAAGCAGGUGCCGGAACAGGAUGAACUGUAUACCCUCCUUUAGCAGGUAAUCUUGCUCACGCGGGAGCUUCAGUUGACUUAGCUAUUUUCUCAUUACACUUAGCAGGAGUAUCAUCAAUUUUAGGUGCUAUCAAUUUUAUCACUACUAUUAUUAAUAUAAAACCCCCUGCUAUAUCCCAAUAUCAAACCCCCUUAUUUGUUUGAUCUGUCCUAAUUACAGCAGUAUUACUACUAUUAUCACUCCCAGUAUUAGCCGCAGGGAUUACUAUGCUAUUAACUGAUCGAAAUAUUAAUACAACCUUCUUUGACCCAGCUGGAGGUGGAGAUCCAAUCCUCUACCAACACUUAUUUUGAUUCUUUGGACACCCAGAAGUAUACAUUCUAAUUCUCCCAGGUUUUGGUAUCAUCUCUCACAUCGUUACAUACUACUCUGGUAAAAAAGAACCUUUUGGAUAUAUAGGAAUAGUAUGAGCCAUAAUAUCUAUUGGAUUUCUUGGAUUUAUUGUUUGAGCUCACCAUAUAUUUACUGUAGGAUUAGAUGUAGACACACGAGCCUAUUUUACUUCAGCAACAAUAAUUAUCGCUAUUCCAACAGGCGUCAAAGUUUUUAGUUGAUUAGCUACCUUGCAUGGGGGAAAUAUUAAAUGAUCCCCUGCAAUACUCUGAGCACUCGGUUUCAUCUUCCUAUUUACUAUUGGAGGCCUAACAGGAAUCGUUCUAGCAAAUUCAUCACUUGACAUUGUACUACACGAUACUUACUAUGUUGUCGCACACUUUCAUUAUGUACUAUCAAUGGGUGCUGUAUUCGCUAUCAUAGGAGGCUUUGUCCAUUGAUUUCCAUUAUUCACAGGUUAUACUCUUCACUCUACAUGAGCUAAAAUCCACUUCAUUAUUAUAUUUGUUGGAGUAAACUUAACAUUCUUCCCUCAACAUUUCCUAGGAUUAUCAGGUAUACCACGACGUUAUUCAGACUACCCAGAUGCAUAUACCACAUGAAAUACAGUAUCCUCAAUAGGAUCAUUCAUCUCUUUAACAGCAGUAAUCUUAAUAAUCUUCAUUGUAUGAGAAGCAUUCGCAUCAAAACGUGAAGUAAUAACAGUUGAAUUAACCACUACUAACAUUGAAUGAAUUAAUGGAUGUCCCCCACCAUAUCAUACAUUUGAGGAACCUACAUAUAUCAAAGCUUAA